AGAGUUGCAUCAAGCCGCGACCUCUCGCGAUGUUUGGCCCCGCCAAGGGUGGCCAUUUUGAAGCCCACCCCGCGGCUGGUUGCCCGGGCUGCGUCUCCCACCCUGCGGCCGGGGCCAAAGCUGGCUCCGCGGGUGGCUGGCCUGGGGGCGGCCCGACCGACGCGAUGUGGCGGCUCCGCUGCAAGGCCAAGGACGGCACCCAUGUCUUGCAGGGGCUGUCCAGCCGGACCCGGCUGCGGGAACUCCAGGGCCAAAUCGCCGCCAUCACCGGGAUCUCCCCCGGCGGUCAGCGCAUCCUCGUCGGGUAUCCUCCCGAGUGCCUGGACCUCAGCGACGGGGACACCGCGCUGGGGGACCUGCCCAUCCAAUCCGGUGACAUGCUGAUCGUUGAAGAAGACCAAACCAGACCCAAAACUUCGCCUGCAUUUUCAAAAUAUGGUGCUUCAAGUUACGUCAGGGAAACUUUGCCUGUGCUUAGUAGAACCACCGUCCCAGCAGACAACUCUUGCCUCUUUACCAGUGUGUAUUAUGUCGUGGAAGGAGGAGUCCUGAAUCCAGCUUGUGCCCCUGAGAUGAGACGCCUUAUAGCACAAAUUGUAGCAAGUGAUCCAGACUUCUAUAGUGAGGCAAUACUGGGAAAAACCAAUCAAGAGUACUGCGACUGGAUCAGAAGGGAUGAUACUUGGGGAGGAGCAAUUGAGAUAUCAAUUUUGUCCAAGUUUUAUCAAUGUGAAAUAUGUGUAGUAGAUACACAGACAGUAAGGAUUGAUCGUUUUGGGGAGGAUGCAGGAUAUACCAAAAGGGUUUUGCUAAUCUAUGAUGGUAUCCACUAUGACCCGCUUCAGCGUGUCUUCCCUGAUCCAGAUACCCCUCCUCUGACCAUUUUCUCCUCUAAUGAUGAUAUUGUUCUUGUGCAAGCACUGGAAUUAGCAGAUGAAGCUAGAAGAAAAAGACAAUUUACUGAUGUAAACCGCUUCACCCUGAGAUGUAUGGUGUGUCAGAAGGGAUUAACUGGCCAAGCAGAAGCAAGGGACCAUGCCAAGGAGACAGGCCACACCAACUUUGGAGAAGUAUGAUCUAUGCAUGAUGAGGGCUGAAGCCUACUACCUCACAGAUCCAGAAGGCUCUGGGUUUUCCAAUAAGCUAUUCGUAACCCUAAAGAACAAGGACACAAUGCUUGAACCAUCCUUUUCACUAAGACCACUAAGACACUGAAAUUCCUUGUUAAGAUUAAAAUUAGUGUGCAAGUUUACAGAUUGUGUCUACAGUGGUGAUACGUGCCCUCUCUCUGCUAGGGUGACGGAACAGGUGGGCCUUUCCACCUACUGACACUAUCCUGAAGACUGGAUUUUAGUAUUACAAACUAGCACCCAGCAGCUUUUACUUAGAGAAGAAAUCAUCCUAUUUGGGGUAAUGUGGAAGGCCUCACAAAAGGCCGCUGGACAUAGACCCACCACCACCGUUUCUCCAUAGUAGAUUCUUUCAAUAAUGGAAUGAGUUAAUAGUUUCUAAAUUAUGAAUUGAUCCAUCAAAUGAAGAUACUCAGAACUCUCAAAACUGGUUUUAUACUACAAUUUGGUAGACUUUAUAAGUGUAUGCUUAACCACUUAGAAGUUCAUGAAAAACAACUUUUACAGGGAUCAGUCUAUUCCUUAAGAAUGUUAUCUAAAGCAGGAAUCUGUUGAGUCCUGUUUAAGAUUUCUAGUGUAUAAAAGUAGAAUUUAUAAGGGAAAAGGUGCCUGAGCAGCUUACAGAAGCUUUAAAGACUGUUGGCCUCACAUUUUAAUGCAGUUCAUGUAUUGAUCUUUGUCACAUUGGAUAAGAUUUUAAAAUUAAGCAGGGUAUGCUUUUUAAAUGAAGUUUUUUGCCGUUUGAGUGCUCUACUUGCUUUUUUUUUUUUUUUGUAUACACAUAUAUCUGAAGGGGGUAUAUUUUCCUCAGCUUUUUUAAAAGAGCUCUUCCUCACCCCGCCCCUCCCCAAAUAGAUCUUCGUUGAACGUGAUAAUGUUAGGUUUCUGUUUGUUUUUUGUAAGACUCUGCAUAUCUAAGCGGUGUUUCUCUGUUAGCCUCAUCCCUUGCCAGUGCUCUUUUGAAAAUGCCACAUGACUUGCAAGUUAGCAUUUGCUUAUCUGCCAUCUUUGACUUUCACACAGUUUUAAAAUAAUUGGUGUCAUACUUUUGAGUUUAUUUUACGUCCAGAAUAUGAAAGUUUCACAGUCUUUGCCUUAUAUCAGAAUUCUGCUUCUGCCUUUUGCUUGUUGGACUAAUCUUAAAGGCACAUGCCCUCCAAAAUUUAGCUUCACUACAAGAUCUUCCAGAUAACGUGUUCUACCUCUUAAUGCUUCUGAAGAUCAGGGAUGCUCAAUUAUAACUCAUUAUGUAUUAUGUCAUACAAUGUGAAGGGGCUUGGUGUUGUGAGGUUUUGUUAUCUUACUCUCAUCUGUCUCACUUUUAAAAUGCCGGUGGUUUUACUUUCUUUGAAGCACUUGUAUCCCUUUCUACAUAUCUUUUUUUGGGGCAAAGGUUUUGAAAUUGAGAUGUUCCCUCUAGCAUUUUCACUUAGUGAAGAUAGCCAUGUAAAAUUAAACAGUUUAGGGGAAAUGUUGCUUUAGGGAAUAAUUCACAAAGUGUGCUUCCAGUCAUCAGAUGACAUUUCUCUAGUGUACCUUUUAUGUUCAUAGCUGGUUUAGGGUUUAUAAAUUAUUUUGGUCAGUCUCUGUUCAAAGUGUUGAAACUUUCUUUGACUGAGCCUUAAAAGUAGCACUUGUAAGCUGAGGGCACUUAGUGUAUGAAUAUGUAUGAACACAUAUGGUAUACAAAUCUCUUUGCUCUGUCAUCUGGUCUAGGUGGUUCUUGUAUUUCGUUUUCCCCAGAAAAUAAUAACUUUCAAACCACAGAUUAAGAGGGUACCACAGGGUAACAUCCAUCAUAUUGAGCUUUAUGCAUCAUCAUUCAUAAAGUUUGUCUUAUCUCUUCAGGAGUGAGACUUGACAUUUGCUUAGAUCUGGAACUUCAUGCAACAAAUAUUUAUUAAUAUAUAAUGUUCCAGACAUGUUUUGCUGUUUUACAACAUCAUAUUUGUCACUUUAAAACUGAGUAUAUAUUAACGACAGUGGAUUCACUUCACAAAUGGAAAGAAAUAGAAUGCUGAUAUGUUGCUAAUUCAGACCACUUUAAAACUGAGAUUUAGACACGUACUUGGCAUAUUUAUCAAGUAUUUUCUUCAGGGGAUAUUUUAUCAUUUACCUAGAUUAUCCAUUCACCAGGUAUAUACUCAGUAAAACUGCUACUUGGUCAGAAAGUUAUUUUAAAAUGGAUUUUUAAAUCAGUCAUUUGCUGAGAUUCAGCACUGGAACCUUACAGCAGUAUUCUGAUUGCAAAACAUUCAAGUUGAAGUACUUUUUGCAGAUAAGUUAUUAAAGAUUGAACACCUAAACUGCUCAUUCAAAACUCAAACCUGUAAGGUUCAUGGAAUUUAAAGGAUCCUUUUGUUCUUGUUAGGCUUAUGCUCUUGAAAUGAGUUAUAUAUCAUGUAAAGUCUCAUUGGGAAUUAUGAAAAAAGUAUAUGUACUUUUGCAGCAGGAUUAAAAGAAAUUUUUGCACUGGGGCACAGAAACUUCUUCCUAUUUAUUCAGCUUUUGUCUAUUCUAUAAUAUUUUUUAAUUAAAAUGAAGACAGUUUACAUUAGGGGCAGAAUAGGAAUAAGCUUAUUCUUAUUUUCACUCUAUCUCCCCCCACCCUUCUUCCCCCUGCUCUCUUUUGGCUUAUGUAUUAAGUAUUCUGUAAAGAUGCUUUCUUAGGUAGAGAGAGAAAAACCUGUGACAAAGUAACCUUAAGCCCCCAGGAUAUUGCAUCUUUUUUACUAGUGGUUCCUCCUUGACUUGUUUCUAGUGAAUGAGAAAUGGGCAUUGUCAAGUGAUACCCUUAAAGUAUGGCCAUUGGUCAACCUGACCCUGUUGUUUACUGUUACUGCAUUUGAGUAGUCCAGGAAGUUCAGGUCCCAGCAAAAUCAGGGUCAGGAAUUGACACCUAAAUAUGUCCCUAAGUGCCCAAUGCCUAACUCUCUAACUUCUUCCCUCUAGCCUGUGUAGGGAUUAAAACAUGAGCAUUGCAAAUUGUCCUACCUAAACAUAGUUUCUGGGCUUUGAGGAAAUUUUAGUGUGUAAGAUUAAACAACCAUGAUUUACUUUUUUUAAAUCAGGUGGCCUUUUAAACUUAAGAUAUAUUAAGAUUUUCUUUUAUGUGUUGAUGCUAUUAUUUGCAGCACUUUAAAAAAGAUAUGGAAUGAAAGUUUACAUAGCCCUCCAGGGAUUUUGUUGAGGACACUAAGAUACAAUCCUUGAGUUGCUGGACAUUAGCUCUUUGCAGUGUUCAGUGUAUGUAGUGGCACAACAUUGGUGUUUUGAUAACAACGGAACUUGAUUUCAGUAACAUUAGGAGCACUGUCUUUGAAAAAAAUGUUACUUCU